UAUCACACUUUUAUAUUCUUUUCAAGGUCAACGGUGCCAGAACUUCAACAUAGGGUUUAGUGACAGAAAGAAGAUGCCAGAUAACAAAUUCACAGCUUCAUCUUCCCUAAGUUCUGAGACAUCCCCUCACCACGCUCGUAUAGGUGAUGUACAGGGUGAGGGAUGGUGCGCCGCCAAUAAAGGAGAUAACGAGUAUCUUCAAGUUGAUAUGGGAAGAGAUUACGUCGUCUGUGGCCUCAUAGUACAGGGUGGAACUUUCGGGAACGUCGAAUCUUUCGACCUGGAAUUCUCUACUGACGGCAGUUUUUUUAAUUCAUAUUCCAAGACUCUGCUGAGAGUUAACGAUCAGGAGGAAGAGGCCGAGUUUCACGCGUUGGGGCCAUAUCCAGUUGGAAGAUAUGUCCGUUUAUAUCCUCGAAAAUUCAGAAACUAUCCGUGUGCCCGACUUGAGCUGUUCGGUUUUCCAGGUCCCAAAGUGACAUGUAUGCCCCAAUACAUAAUCGCCGAAUUCGACAAAGCGCAUUACCCAGAUCUUGUUGCUGAAGGAAUGCAUCUGAAAAACACAAGCUGCUUGGCAGAGGAUGAGAAUGCUACUCAUAUUCUUUUCCAUAUUCCUAUGCGAGGCUGCGGAACUGAGAGAAUCCUUGUGAAUGAUAAGUUCUUGCAGUACAACAACGAGAUUAUCCGUCGCAUAACUGGUGUUGGGAUUUCGUAUAAGAUGGACAUGCUAUUCCCAAUUAGCUGCAACUAUGACAGGAGAGAAACACUGGGUGACGUAAGCUUUAGAGUGACUACCGAAACCCCAACAACAGCAUCAGCCACCACGCUGAAGCUGCUACAGCGAAAGAUUUCUUUCAUUGGUUGGUUAGUUGCCCUGUGGAUCUCAGUUUCCGGGAUCUUGACACUUUGGUACUAAGUUUUGCAUUUGUCCGGUACACAGGUGGUGUAGCCUGGAACUUUUUUUUGGAUUUGUUAGAGUCAAGCAAGAGAGCGUGAAAACAACUCCCUUAUCGUCGAAUAUUAAGGAUCAGAGAGUUCUACUGAGGAAUUGCUGAAUAGAUUAUUUUCGAACAUACAUAAUUUUUUCAGACUCGCACAAUUUUGAAUGCACCUCCAAAACAGUCUCAAGAGGGUGGCAAAGGUUUUACACGUGACGCGUGAUUAAGGCCAAAAAAAAUGUGUGACACGUGAAUUCUACAGAGAGGCGAACAUGGUUCGUUAAUUUAGAAAGCAGGCGUGAGGAGUGAUUUUUCUCCGGAGGGAUUCGUGACCUGUGAAUUUUUUAUUUCAUUUCGUGCAACCUAGCACACAAGAAAAGAUAAUUGCUGAUUAAAAUAUACGUGACUCGUGAUUUUUUCGAAAAAUUCGCUUGUGAAACAAGAUCAGCCACCCUCUUUUAAAGCUUGCUUCUUGGUAGGGCCAAAUUUCAAAAGUAGAUUGAAGAGGGUUUCUUCUGUCAAUUGUUAUUUCUAUGAUGUGAAUGUACUUUUUCAAACUUCCCCUCCUUAGUCUUUUCAGCUAAGUUGACAACAAAUAUUCAGUUUCCAUAAAGUGUUUCAGAAAAGAAGUUUCUGCACAAGAGACAGAACUUUUGAAUUGUAGUCAUGCGCUCGUCCAGAUAAAAGCGCUGGUAAUGGCAUCUCACUGAUUAAUAAGUCUAAACACUAUCCGGUAAACAGAGUGCGUUUUUAUAUUUGGAUGAAGUGGAUAGCGAAGCCCUGAGGGUCAUUGGCAUCCAGCUUGUGCUUAAAUUGUUUUUUCAAUACACAAUAAUUGUAAUAAAAUAAUUAGUUACAUUAUUUGAUAUUUUUAAUUCUUCAGUUACCAAAAGUAAGCUGUAGAGUCCCUUCAUCACACCAUGUAACUUUAUUGUAUGAAGGAAUAAUGAUAAUUGAGUUGUCGAGACUUUGAUUCCGGUUCCUACUGCUGGGACACACACACCACAAAAAAAAAAAAAAAAAAAC